AAUGAUCAAAAAGAGAAGUUCAUUGAAUAUCAUGGAGUUGCCAACCAGACCUGCUUCUGGUAGCACUAACCCUGUAAGUGGCAUGAUUAUUUGAUAGGACGCACCAUCUCCAUUAAAAUUCAUAAGGAAACUGACAAGGCAAGCCUCUACAGUGAAUGGAUCAUCUACGAAAAUUUAGACUUGCAUUUCAUCUGUUCCUAAUAAAACCCAGGAGGUGAUCCAACAAUGCAUAGCCAUGGUCGAAUAACUGAGACAAUAGCAUCAGGAAAGGUAGGCUAGUAGAUUCUUUCAUAUCCGGUCAUGUUCUAUGCCUUGCGAUCGAGUUUCGAUUAUCAACUCGUUGAUUGAUACAAUUUUGCCUCAAUCUCCGAGGAAACCACAAAGAUCAUUAGAGUAGGCUUGUGUAUUGUUAUUCUUAGAGGAGAGAUUCAAUCAGUCAUGCAAUAGUUGAUAGAGGAGAAGCAAUGCAAAUAGAGGGCGAUUGAUCAGAGGGAUAGUCUGGCCAAAAGAUAGGAUUAUUCCAUAUAGUAAUUAGUAAGAUUUUAUAGAUAUGCUUUAAGAAAUCUCGAAUUGAGCAAUAUUAAAAGAUAAAUUGA